AUGCGGCACAUCCAUCGCGCCCUGCUGGUAUUACAGCUCACCCACGCACUGCACCUCACAACAGCACCGCGACGACGACGGCACACACCCUGCAAAGGUACCAAGCUCACGAGCGACUACGUCGAGUCCCUCUUCGACGGCUUCGCCGACACCUUCGAGGGCGUGCUCGUCGAGCAGUUGGAAUAUUGUGCACCAGCGAAGGUGGCGGAAGCGGCGAUCAACGCCACGGCACUUCGCGGCACAAAAUACGCGAGCGCGCUCGACGCCGGCUGCGGCACGGGCCUCGCGGGCCUCGAGCUGCGCGACGCCGUGCAGGGAGCCCUAGACGGCGUCGACCUCUCCUCGAAGAUGGCCGAGUACGCGGCGGAGCUCUGUCUGACGGACGGCGGUGAGUUCGAGCGCGCGGACGCGGCGACGCGCAAGGCCACGGGCUGGGAGACGAUUUACCGCCGCGUCGAGACGGGCAACCUGCUACAGCUCGACAAAUGCGGGUUGGACGCGCAGUACGAGCUCGUCGUGUCGGCCGACGUGUUGUGUUAUUUCGGGGACCUGAGGGACGUGCUCGGAGCCCUAGCCGCGAAGACGGCGCCGGGGGGGGAUCUCAUCUUCACCGUGGAGACCCUGCCAGAAGGCGACUGGCGGUGGGUCCUCCAGGCUAUCGAGCGCUACGCGCACCACCCCGAUUACGUGCGCGACGUGGCGACAUCGAUCGGACUGGAACCGCGGGAGGCCAUAUCUUUCCAGCCACGCAUGGAGAGCGGGCUCCCGGUCCGCGGCACGCUCCACGUCCUGCACAAGCCUAGGUAG